UUCAUUUGAAAAAUGGGUAUCGACAUUGGAGGGCUAAUCGCAAUCAUCUUGUUCUACUUGAUCAUCCUGGCUGUUGGAAUAUGGGCAGCCUGGAAAAAUAAAAGAAAACCAACACAUGGCGAAUUACUUCGAAAUGAAGUUAUUAUGAUAGGGCGGAGAGACAUAGGUUUAUUUCUUGGUAUUUUUACUAUGACUGCCACAUGGGUUGGUGGUGCUUACAUUAAUGGUACAGCAGAGGCAGUCUAUGUUGUUGGACAUGGAUUUGUAUGGACACAGGCUCCCUUAGGAUUUGCAGUAAGUCUUAUCAUCGGCGGUUUGUUUUUCGCUAAAACAAUGCGUUCAAGAAGGUAUGUGACUAUGUUGGACCCCUUUCAGGAAAACUAUGGUGGAGGGAUCGGUAGCCUGAUGUUUAUCCCUGCAGUUAUGGGAGAGCUGUUUUGGUCUGCAUCUGUUCUAACUGCUCUUGGUUCAUCAUUGAGUGUGAUUUUUGAAAUCAACGUCCACGUGGCCAUUAUUAUUUCUACUGUGAUAGCAGUUUGUUACACUCUGAUUGGCGGUUUGUACUCAGUCGCAUACACAGACAUGGCUCAACUGUUCUGUAUUUUUGUAGGAUUGUACAUUAGCCUGCCUUUUGCUGUUUUGAAUCCUGCGGUCACAAGUAUUGCCAUCACCGCUACUGAGUAUGUUUACCGUGAACCUUGGCUUGGAUACAUAAGCCCUGGAAAUGCGUGGAUUUGGAUUGACAAUUACAUUUUGAUGAUUUUAGGAGGAAUUCCUUGGCAGGCAUAUUUUCAAAGGGUACUUUCAGCCUCCACAGCUACUCAAGCACAAAUACUCUCCGUUGUGGCUGCUUUCAGUAGUUUAAUACUGGCUCUCCCAGCUGUAAUCAUUGGUGCAGUAGGAGCAUCAACUGAUUGGAAUCAGACGAACUAUGGUCUUCCAGAUCCCAUGCACAGAAAUGAAACUCAGAUGAUUUUGCCUAUUAUACUACGGUACCUUUGUCCAAAUUACAUUGCAUUUUUUGGCCUUGGAGCUGUUUCUGCUGCAGUGAUGUCAUCAGCUGACUCCUCCAUCCUAUCAGCAAGCUCGAUGUUUACUCGGAAUCUUUAUCAUGGUGUACUUAGGCGUGAAGCCACAGAUAAUGAACUGGUGUGGGUAAUGAGAGCAGGCAUCGUUACGUUUGGAUCAAUAGCAGCAGCAAUGACAUGGAUGUCCACUUCUGUCUACGGAUUAUGGUAUCUGAGCUCGGAUCUUAUCUUUGUUCUGCUUUUUCCUCAAUUGGUAUCCGUACUCUAUAUCAAGGGAACCAAUGUUUACGGUUGCCUCGCUAGUUACUUCCUUGGUAUUUUUCUCCGUAUUAGUGGUGGUGAACCAUACCUACGAUUACAACCAUUGAUCUGUUAUGCUGGAUGUUAUUUGGAUAUCACAUUUCCAAGUGGACCAAUAUAUAUCCAAUCAUUUCCAUUCAAAACUUUGUCAAUGGUGUCAUGCUUGCUGAUUAACUUCAGCGUUUCAUACCUGACCAAAACUCUCUUCGAUAGGGGAAUGUUAUCACAGAAAAUGGACUUUCUUAAAGGCUUUUAUUCACAACCUAAAAAAGAAAAAAUUAAUAAAGUAGGAUCACUGAACAAUGAUAACACAGAUACUGUUGAACAGACACCUACAGAUAAAGAAGCUAUGGACCCUCUUAAUACUACUUCUGAAAACAAGGAACCGGAUGCUGAUCAAGUUCAAGUCCAGUGA